AAAGCCGGCACUGCGAUGGACAGGCGAGAUAUGGCUCGUAUGGGAAAGACACAGGAAUUGAAGCGAAAUUUCAGCUUUAUCCCGAUCUUCGGGUUUGCGGCAGUGUUGAUGAUGACUUGGGCGUCAGUGUUGAGCUCGGUCAGCUAUAUUCUCCCAAAUGGCGGUCUUCCGGCAAUGAUCUGGAUCUACAUUGUUACGCUGUUCGGCUUCGGCUGUGCGAUUUUGUCCAUGGCAGAGAUGGCAUCAAUGGCACCGACGAGUGGAGGACAGUAUCAUUGGGUCUCCGAAUUUGCCCCUCCGUCUUUCCAGAAGAUCAUGAGUUAUCUUGUUGGCUGGUUUUGUGUGUUGGGGUGGCAAGCAGGAAUUGCAGGCCAAUGCUUCACAGUCGCAACACAAGUCCAGGGCCUGAUCGUGCUCAAUGAUGCAACCUACAUUCCGAAGGCAUGGCAUGGUGUCCUCCUAACGAUUGCCACCGCCUCAGUCUCCGUGAUCUUCAACAGCUUCCUCGCCCGCAAGCUACCGCUCCUGGAAGGCCUCAUCCUGAUUCUCCUGGUUUUCGGCUUCUUUGCAAUUCUCAUCCCUCUCUGGGUCUUUGCCCCGAAGCAAUCCAGCGCUGCAGUAUGGACGGAAUGGACGCAGAUUGCUGACUGGCCAUCGAUGGGCGUCGCUGGACUUGUCGCCUUCACUGGUCCCAUCUACGCCCUGAUUGGUCCAGAUUCUUGCGUGCACAUGGCAGAGGAAGUCAAGGAUGCUUCGCGGACCAUCCCCUGGGCUAUGGUGUCGACCUUGGUCCUCAACGGCUUGACUGGUCUGGUCAUGGCUAUCACCUUCGCCUACUGCAUUGGGCCCAUUGAUGCAGCUCUGACGCCCGCGUACAACUUCGCCUUUAUUGGCACCUUCUACAACGCCACUCAGUCGCACGCGGGUACAACGGUGAUGACGUGCAUCAUCACGGUCAUCACUCUCUGCUCGGCUAUCAGCAAUGUUGCAACUGCUUCGCGCCAGAUGUUCGCAUUCGCACGAGACAACGGUCUUCCGUUUGCACGAUUCGUCAGCUACGUGCGCCCAGGCUGGGACAUUCCAUUCAACGCCGUCAUGAUCUGCUUCAUCUGCACAGCGCUGCUCUCCUUGAUCAACCUCGGCAGUAUCGUGGCCUUCAACGCCAUCCUCUCGAUUGGUGUCGUCGCGCUGCUGACAUCUUACAUGACAUCCAUGGGCUGCAUCCUCCUAAAACGUAUCCGAGGAGAGCAGCUCUUGCCGCGUCGCUGGAGCUUGGGAGUCCCUUUCGGCUGGUUUUGCAAUGUCGUCGGACUCUGCUACAUCAUCCUCGCGUACAUUUUCGCAUUUUUCCCACUUUUCAACCACCCGACACUGUCGACCAUGAACUGGGCUUCGGCUGUAUAUGGUGGCGUGGGAGUCGUGGCCAGCAUUUAUUACUUGCUGUUUGCACGCAAGACGUAUGUGCCGCCGGUAGCGCGGCUGGCGAAAGAUCUGUAGCGAUUUGAUUUUGCGAUAAUACCCAGAGUAGCUGUUCCAGUAUCCAGAGCAUGAGUACAUGAGUUC